AAUGGACAUUCCCAAUGAGCUUGUGCCGCUGCUCAGCUGCAAUCUGUGCGGUCUAUUCUAUGCCGUAGAGGGUGGACGUGUGCCCAAGAUGCUUAGCUGCCAGCACUGCUACUGCAAGGAUUGCCUGGACAAUGAGCUGCUGUGGCCGGCAGGGCCCUCAGCUGGUUCAGAGUGGGCCUGCGGUAAGUGCGGAGUGCGCACCAAAGUGGAGCCCGAGUUGCUGCCCGAACCGGAGUCGAUCAUGUAUUUGAUACGCAAUCUGCGGGCCCUGAAGUUGGGCCAAGUUAUGAUGGCGAUGCAAGAGGGACACAGCCGCACGAACCCUCUGACAGUUGAUGUUGGAGCCGCGGCGACUGCACACACAUCCUGGCUGGAUGAUAGCGGUGUGAGCCGUUUUUUGUCGAACAGCAGCGAGCAGUGCCUGACCCAUGGACGGCCCAACACCACGUGGUGCCACAACUGUCGACAUCUGAUGUGCAUCGCCUGCUCCGAGCUGGCGGCACAUUUCCAGCAUCAGCUAACCCACCAUCUGAACCUGCCCGAACUGGUCCACCAGUUGCUCUGCAACGAGAUGAACAAGAUCAAGAGGGCGUGCAAAGAUGCCGAUGCUCUGGCCGGCCACGAUAUGGCCAUGCUUCGGGAUCUGUUUGAUGCCUGCCACCAGCUGCAGAAUCAUGUGAGGAGAGAGAUGGUGAUGCACAAGCCCAGCACGACGUCCUUCCACAUGAGGGACUGGUGGGUGCGCUCCGAUACGCUGCUCCAUCACCUGUCGCGGGAGGGUGCACUCGGCGCCUACGAGCUGCAUCAACUGCUGAGCCGUGCCUCCGUGCAGGUGAAGUUAUGCCGCAAGCAGCUUUUGCAAAUGCGCUUCCAGUCUCAGCUGCGCGCCAUCAUACAGGAGAAUGGAAUGCAGGUGCUGACCUUUCAGCAGCUCAACGAUCGCCUGUUGGAUAUACAGCGGUGUCCUAAUCCGCCGCAGGAUAUAGCCGGAGCCGGAGCCGGAGCAGGAGCUGCACGUGCAGUGGCGCCAGCUUUGAUGCUGACCAACUACUGCAUCUACACGUACUGGCAACAAAUGCAGCAAGAGGAGAUGCAGCGCCCUGAAGAGCAAUCUCUCUUUCCUGUGCCAAUGAAUAGCAUGUGGCAGAUGGAGCCUCUGGAGCCUCUGGAGCAGGCCAACCUCAACUUUCCUCAUCCGGCAGCUCAGCUCUUCAACAAUGACUACAAUCGCCUGAAUUUGGGGCUGCUGCUUGGACAGAACAACGCUCAGGCACAGCCACAGUCCAAUGGCUACUCCGCCUCAUCCUCCGUGGUACAACAGGAUGGGCACAGCCAGGCGACAGUCGGAUUGGUAAGCAUUGGGCGGUUGCCCUCAGCACACUGUUAUCCCAUAUAUUAUAUGGACAUGGAAAUAGCAGGGCAGCUGGUCGGGCGAGUACUAAUCGAAGUGAACAAGGAUGCUGCGCCCCGGAUGGCCGAGAACUUUGGCUCGCUGAUGCGGCAGGAUCGCGGCUUUGGCUAUCGGGGAUGCGUAGUGUUUCAGGCCUGGGGCAAUGAGAGCAUCAUCACGGGGGACUUUGAGUCGCAGAACGGUCGCGGCGGGCAUGCCGCCUUCGAGGAACGUUUCUUUAUGCCGGACAACACAGGACUCGCGUGCAACCGGGGAGCGGUUGGCAUGCGGCGAAGUCAGAGGCGACACGACCAUUACGGACUCGUCGGCAGCCAGUUCCGGGUGCUGCUCAACGAACAUCAGACAUUUACGGCCAUAUUUGGCUACAUCAUCGAUGGCAUCGAAAUGAUUGACCGAAUCGCUGCCACUGGCAACCCGCUCGGACGUCCUGGCAUGCGAUCCAUCAUCAAAGCCUGCGGCGUGUACCGUGUUCCUGAAGGAAAUAAGAAACGACCGGACCAACCUUUUUCCCCAUGAGCAGCCCCACUACACGGAUCUACUAUAUACAAUUUUUGAGAUGCUUCGUUAAAUAUAUAACAAAUUAUAUAUGCUAGGAUGUAAGACUCUCCCGUUUUUGAGAAUGAAAUCUCUUUGAUGUCCGUUUUUUUUAUUACAAUAUUGUACAAUACUGUCAUACUAUAAUAUUGUUCUUUUGAUAAAAAUAGAACAAAACAGAA